AUAAUGAUGACGAAUACUACGGAUAUGGAGAUAAUGAUGACGAAUACUACAAAUCCAAGCGUAAUGCCUUACUUAAUAAACGCGGGGGUAAAGGUAAAGGCGAGGAUGACUCUUACGAAUACGCUAAACCUAAUCAUAAGCGUAGUGCUUUAGCUAAACCUAAUCAUAAACGUAGUGCUUUAGCUAAACCUAAUCAUAAACGUAGUGCUUUAGCUAGGCGCAGGCAUUAA